AUGCUGCUCAGAGGUACUGACCUAGCUCUCCAGAAGCUGGGCAUAGUCCUCAUCGCAUCUUUGGUAUUUGUGACGAUCCUGCUUCGUCCACAGAUCAACGAGCACAUACCCCGGUUGCGUCUUGGGAAAGAUAGCCAGAAAUCCGCGUCACGACCUGUCCCAUAUAAUCCAUAUCCCGACUACAACAGCGCCGCAUGGAAGAAAAAGUGGACAGGGUCCUACAAAUCGUGUGUUGGCCCUGAUGGCGCGCUUUUGGAUCCUAAGAACGAAGACACGGCGAUGAAAGGAUACCGUUGGAAUCAGUCAGAAUUCCCUAGCCCCAUAUUCGGUUCGUAUGAGGCGUGGAACCUCGAUAGGGAUCUUUGUGUCGAUCCAUCUUCCCGAUAUGGCGCAUAUGGCUAUGAAGCGAAAACACAAGAGGAUGUCGCAUCUCGAAUGCCGAAGAAUUGGGAAGUUGUCAACUGGGAUGCCUUGCAACGGGCGUGCUUAGAGCGCAACCACGGAAGAUACAACAUGUUGAAUCUCGAGCCGAAGAAAUUCACACUACACAAACAGCAAACCCAACAAGUGAAACACGAGCUGAAGAAUAAACGUCAUCGGAAGACUCGUCUACCACGCUUCCAUCCCAGAACAGCUGUUAUUCUACGCUCAACGAUUGAGAUGAAGUACACAACCAAUGACAUCCACAACAUCCGCGCUAUGGUUAUGGAACUAUCUCUUCUUUCGGGUGCAGAGUACGAGGUCAUCCUCCUAAUUGAUGCGAAGGACGAAACAUUACCCGACUCAAUGGACAAUGUUGCUAUGGAUAGUCUCAGAGAGCAGUACCUUCCAGAAGAGCUUCGCGGGCUUGCAGUAUUUUUCAACACGAAGCUCCUGGAGGACUGGUAUCCGACCAUCGAUGUCCAUCAGGCAAUGUACCAAUACUUCCAGCCAAUGCAGAUCUUCUCACAGCUGCAUCAACAAUACGACUUUAUCUGGCAAUUUGAGAUGGAUGCCCGGUACACUGGACAUCUGUAUCAUUUGCUAGAGCAAGCAACUGCAUUCGCGAAACAUCAACCCCGGCAACACCUCUGGGAGCGUAACUCUUACUUCUACAUCCCUGUUGUCCAUGGUACCUGGGAUGAAUUCAACAACAUGGUAGAUCAAUCUAUGGUGGAUCAUCCAGCCAUCUGGGGUCCAGUGCCAGUGGAGGGUCUAAAUGUCUCAAAGAAGACGCACUUUCCACCACCCAUGCCGACAGUGGAGAUAGACACAUCGAAUUGGGGUGUCGGGGAGGAAGCAGACGUUAUCACCUGGCUUCCACAGAUCAACCCGGCGAAUACAGGCUGGCCAAUGCGUGAUAUGAUCUACAAGUUCACUCAAGGACCAGACACCCCACGUAGAGCCUCCCCGGUUGCCAUGUCUCGACUUUCAGCACGCGUACUCCGAAUGAUGCACACUGAUCUUGCUGAAAGGGGCCUGGGUCUAGGUUCAGAAAUGUCUCCAACCUCCUGGGCUCUGUACUAUGGGCUGAAGUCGGUUCAGAUUCCCCAGCCAGUGUAUCAUGCACAAGAAUGGAAUCCUCAGGAAUUGAACCGCCGUGCAAACUCAGGCGAGCCCGGUGCUAUCAGUGCUGGGAGUGACAGUAUCUGGACCUGGGAUAUGCAUCAUGAUAUUCUGAAAAAUAUGACCUACAUGUUCGAUUCGGAAUAUUCCGGGAGGCUCUACCAAGCCUGGUUGGGGAAUGGCGACGCAGAUGAGGCCCUAUAUAGGGAUGCUUUGGCCCCCGAGACCUACCCCAGAGUCCUCGGCACCCUCACCCGGGGGCGUAUUAUUGGGCUCGGGAGUAUGGGACUUGCAAUGGCGCAAAAUGUCCAAAGAUAUCUCCAAACCACAGAAUCUCAAUUAAGAUUCUGGAAUCGGACAGCAUCUCGCGGUGCGCCACUCGAAUCACUAGGGGCUAUUGGAUGCGAGUCUAUCGCACAGCUUGUCGCCGAAUGUGACCUGAUAUUCAUAUCUACCAGUGAUGAUGCGGCUUUGAAUUCUGUCCUCGAUCAAAUAUUGGCUGUCAAAGAUAUUGAUGGCAAGUUGUUUGUGGAUACUACCACCGUCCAUCCUAAUAUGACGAAGGAGACAAGUGAAAAACUAAAGAAAAGGGAUGCGUCCCUAGUUGCUGCACCUGUCUUCGGAGCCACCCCAGCUGCGGAAAGUGGUACGGUGUUAAUGGCGAUGGGCGGCCCAAGCCAAGCCAUUGAUAAAAUCACCCCGUUCGUAAAAGAUGUCAUUGCUCGGGACGUCAUGAUUGUGUCGGAUCAGCCCGAGAAGGCUACUCUUCUCAAGACUCUGGGUAAUUUCAUCGUCGCAGGAGCAAUGGAGAUUGUGGGAGAAGCCCAUGUACUAGCGGAGAAAAGCGAUCUUGGAACAGACAUGCUUGAAAAGUUGCUUGAGCUGAAUUUUGGAAUGAUGUAUUCUAGCUCAAAACGCAUGACACAGGGUGUUUACAUUCCAAAGGAAGGUCAAGCCCCUCAGUCCAGCUUGAAUCUCGGUAUCAAGGACGUUCAGCAUGGCAUCAGUUAUGCCAACGAUGUCGGUGCUAGAUUAAAGGUCGCCGAGGUGGCACUGGAAAAUAUGGUACGGGCGAAGGAGUUUUCGGAUGCGCAUGGCGGCAGGCCUUUGGAUUCAUCUUCUGGGUACGGUAUCAUUCGUCAAGAUGCUGGCCUUGACUUUGAGAACACCUUUGUGAAGGAACGAGACUCCGGAAAGGAAGACGGUUCUUCACAGUAG